GCAUAGACAUCUAUAUAAGCAGAACCAUUAACUUUAUUAUUAUUAUCAACAUUGCCAAUACUUAACAUAAACAUACCAUCAAUAACAUAACCUUUUCCAAUUAACAGACCAACCUUGAACAAAAUCAUCCUAUCAGAUUAUAUCACAACCAUUAUCCCCUUCUUACAAAGCAUGAAACCAAAAACCAAGUUCUUCCUAACAUCAGGAACAUGGUGUACAUUGGUGAGAACAACUUUUCUCCUUGAAAUGAAGAAAAGCUCCACGGUUCCCGAGCCAAAGACCUUUAAGGUGCGACAGUAACCCAACAGAACUUUGUGUCCAUCCGUAGACUCGUUAUAUUCCUUGAACAUGGCUCUCUUGUUGCAAAUGUGAGCAUUUGCUCCUAAAUCAUGCCACCAAUCAUUGCAGGUCAUGACCCAGUCAUGUGCAAUUCCUUAAUCAUGCCACAUGUAAGUCAGAAAUCAUUGUCACAAUCUCACUAUGCUCAACUUUCUCAAUCACAUUUGCACUUGUAGCACCCUCGUUCUAGGUCCUCUUGGGAUUAGGACAGAAGCGAACAAUAUGUCCCAAUUGCCCACAAUUGAAGCAAUAUUUGGUAGACUUAGGGGUCAACUUCUUCAUGUCCCAGGUCUUUCCUUUCCUGUAUGGCUGGAAGUCCCUCCAGGUUGUCUGGUUAACCUGCGAUGGGUCCCUACCUGGAAGGCUCUUCCGAACUCUUUGAGACAUUACGACUCUAAACAGGAGACGUCGUUCUUCUUCUGGUUGUUGGUCAGGCUAUUGAAAUUGUCCAUGCCCUUUCUUUUCUUGCCUUUCUUGUUCUCCACAACAUUCACUAUGGAACUUGAUGGUGAUUCCAAAUUCAUAUCAUUAUCACCAAUUCGAGUCUCCUCUUCAAUCCUCAAGUGCUUCUGAAUUUGUUCCAAAGGGAACUCUUCUGACGUAUGAAGUAAUUUCUUCCUAUAGUUGUUCCAUGAUAGAGGCAACUUUGCAAUAAUUGCCCGCACCAGAAAACUGUUCAGGAAGAGUUAUCUUCAAUGCAGUGAACUAAGAGGCCAAGAUAAGAAUUCAUUAACUUGAUCCAUAAUUGAACGCUUAUCAUUCAUAGUAAAUUCCAAGAAUUGGAAAGUGACAAACUUAUAUGCGCCUUGUUCCUCUGAUUUGUACUGAUUCUCCAAAUUUGUCCAGAUUUUUGUUGGGAUCUACAACUGGGUGUACAAAUCAUAGAGACGAUCAGAUAGAGAAUUAAGGAUGUAUCCUCUGCACAACAGGCUAUCAUCAUUCCUCUUCUUGUGUUCUCCCUUUAGUUCAUCAUAGUCAAUGUCUUGUGGUUCAGGAAGUGGUCCAAAUUGGAAUCCAAUAUAUACACUAUCUUCAAAGUAGUCAACAUAAACUUCAUCUUCUCUUGCCACCGGGUGAAAUUGGUUCCAUCAAACAGAUUGAGCUUGUUGGAAUUAGAAGCAUACGCCUUCAACGUACUCUCUACUCCAGAAUCCAUUUUUCCAACAAAUAAACACUCUAAUAUUGCCAGGAAUUUGGUAGGAAAGAAUCGGAUUGAAGGCUUGAAUUAAUCACUCUCCUUAAAGUGUUUAUUUUCCCUAGUACAAAGGCUGGUAGGAUUCGGCAAACCACCCUAAGUCUCCCUUCAACCAAUAUUUGAAGUAGCGACAUACAGAUUUAUGUGUUUAUGAAAUAGCAAAGGAAAACAGGAAGAAGGAGAACUCUCUUGUAUGAAAAAGAUUUAUGCCAGUUACCUUAUCAAGGGACACUUUGUUAGAAACCACCCUUGUGGAGUUUCUUUUAUUAUUUUUAGUAUGAUAAUUAUAAUUAUGGUUAGUAGAAAUUUAGUCUAAUUAGGGUUAUUAUUAUAUUUUUCUCAUAGUUUCUUAUAAAUAUGUACUUUGGGUGUCAUUAUCAAUCAAUCAAGCAGAAUAUUAAAAAUAUAUAUAUCACUAACCUUCUUCAGGGGUUGCGUGGAAUGCAGGUUACAGGAAAGUCGAGCUGAAAAUGGACUCGAUGAUAGCCAUUGCCAUCAUUCAUAACUGUGAAGAUGAAGAUCACAGACAUGGACAUAUGCAGUGGCGUAGCCAGGAUUUCGUUUAAGGUGGGUCCACCUCGAAAAAAAUAAAUAUGAUAAAAAUAGUUUUUAAAUAUAAAUAUAAUCUUACGUUGAAAACUUUUGAUAAAUUAAAAUGCAUUAGCAGUCGAAAAUAUCAAGAAUAUCACUAUGCAUAUAUACCAAACAAUCAUUGAUUUAGUUAGUCGUAGUGUUUCAAAUGGUGUUCUUUGUUAAGAACCGUUAGUAUCAAUACCUCGAGUUGUUGAUAGAGGUUUAAUAAAUCUUAUAUCAACCAAUAAUCAUGAUUUACCUAGUCGUUCGCUUUCGAAUGAUGUUCUUAUAAAAAUACUUAGUAUCAAUAAAUAGAGGUUUUGAAAGAUUUCAAUAAUAUAUUAUACCAUUUACUACCAUGCUCCCUUAUAAGAAAGCCAACUUAUACGAAAUUGAUAUUUUUCACAAAUCUGUAUACCAUAUGCUUAAGAAAUGAGGUCGCCAAGAUUCAAACACAACUUUUCGACCCACUAUUCUCAAUUAAACACGACCUAAUUUUCAAUAUCAAUUAACUAUCGUACCUAAUUUAACCAUUUUUUCCCUCCGAACCAGGGUAGGUCCCGGGACCCACCCUAUUACCUUCUCCCACCGCCACUGGACAUAGGACUUCUACCUUUAGAGAACUAUUUAAUCUUGACUAGGAAGUGGAUGUUUCCCAUGUCUAUAGGGAAACAAACUGUGCGACUGAUUUUCUUGCCAAUUUAGGCUUCUCCUAUUCUUUUGGCACACAUCUCUUCGAUGUAUGCGACCCAGGGCUGAUGCACUGGCUAAUUCAUGAUGUACUGGGUACGUCCCAAGAUCGGAUUAUCUCUUUAAUGAAUUAGGCGCAAAUGCAUCACUCUUUUUACCAAAAGAAAAAAUCCCUAAUUCCUAUUCCCAAUCCCUACAUCUUUAUCGAUACGUCUCAUCGCGGGUGCCCAAGAUAAAUCCCCAGAAGCCUUAGAAAGAUGGUUUCUAGCACAUUUCUCUUCACAUAAAAAGAAGUUAUAUUUUUUGAAGAGGCACUUCCCUUUUUUUUUUAAAAAAGUUACUUUUCCCCGAAAGAACACUUCCUUUCACAUCUGGGUCGCAUUCGGUUGGUGGUUUAGUUGUUCUGACCCCGGAUCGGGAGGUUUUAAUGGCAAGGGGGUUACAGUUUCCAUGGUUUGAUGAUCCUUUGGUUGUAGAGUUGGUUACUCUUCGUGAGGCGGAUCUGUGGUGUCAAUCGCUCGGAUUUGCGGAGGUCAACUUUGAAGGAGAUGCUCAAGUUAUCAUUGAUAAAAUCAACAAGGCGGAUUCUAGAGAUAGUCGGUUAGGGGGCUGUGUUGGAAGAACUCAUUAUGAUUUUUGAAGGUAGCACUGGGUUUAGUGUUAGAUUUGUUGGUCGGCGUUGCAAUAGGGUAGCCCAUUUGGUGGCUAGAAAGGCCCUCUCUUUGUAUCCGACCAUGAGUCGUUCUUUUGAUUUCCAGGCCUGGCUGGAUUCCAGGAUGUAACUAUCGGUUUUGAUCAAUACAAGAUUAUCUUUUGUCAAAAAAAACACUUCCUUUCACAUAAAAAAGUAUUAAUUAAUUCAAAAUUUAAUUAAUUUAUUAAACGAUC